CCCUUCGUUUGCUCUGGGUCCCCGUCAUGAGCGGACGCAGGUUGACCCAGUGCUGCCCGAUGCUGCGCUCAGCUCCGGGAGAUGUCGCUGGUGUGGGAGGGUGUGCGGAAGGCCUCAGCUCCGCUCGGCGGCUGGAUGAUGGCGAAUCUGCCCAAAGUACAGCGGCUGUCGGCGCGGGUGGUCCGGGUGCUGGGCUGCAACCCGGGUCCGAUGACCCUCCAGGGGACCAACACCUACCUGGUGGGCACGGGUCCCCGACGAAUCUUAAUUGACACAGGCGAGCCAGCGGUACCUGAAUACAUCAGCUGUUUGAAAGAAACUUUGGUCCAACUGAAUAUCAGUAUUCAAGAAAUUCUGGUGACACAUUGGCACUUGGAUCAUGUUGGAGGCAUACCAGAUAUCUUGAAAAAUGUUGUUGAAGAUGGUGAUGUUCAGAUUAGCAAACUCCCAAACAAGUCAUCUCAAAAAGAAGUGAUUGGAAAUGGUGAAAGCCACUAUACGUAUCUAAAGGAUGGAGAUGUGUUGGAGACUGAGGGAGCCACACUGAGGGCUAUUUACACACCUGGGCAUACAAGUGAUCACAUGGCAUUAUUACUUCAAGAGGAAAAUGCUGUAUUUUCUGGAGACUGUAUUCUGGGAGAAGGGACAACAGUGUUUGAGGACUUGUAUGAUUAUAUGGCUUCAUUGGAAAAACUGCUAGCUAUUAAAGCUGAUUUAAUAUAUCCAGGUCAUGGCCCAGUUGUGCACAAUGCUUCUGAUAAAAUUAGAGAGUACAUAUCUCACAGAAAUUUGAGGGAACAGCAGAUUUUAAAGGUUUUUCAGGAGCAUCCUGGGAAGUAUUUCAUCCCAAUGGAACUUGUUAAAAGUAUUUAUAAGGAUACCCCUCCUCACUUGUAUCAAGCAGCUGAAAGUAAUCUUACACACCACCUGAAAAAGUUGGAGAAGGAAGGAAAACUGAAUGACCUCACCAGCGGCCAGCAUGUUUAUGCUAAGUUGGAGAUGGCCAAGAAUGUCUCCUCCAUCAUCAAUUAGGGUAAUGGUACAGGAGCAGUAAAACAGCCACUGCAGGCCAAGAAAAUGCAACUCAGAAAUGGAAAAGUAACUUGUAAUGGCCAUCCUUUUUAAAUGGACAAAAUGGACCCCACUUUUUCAAAUAUGCUUGUUUUUAUUUUAAAGAUUUAAUUUUUGAAGUACUGGUUUGCUGGGUUUGGUAUCAAAAAUGUGAAAAAUGCCAUUAAUACACAGGAGUGGAAUAUCCACAGGGAUUCUUCUGAUGAUCUACAGUAACUCUGGAGAAAUUAUGUGCACUGUUUCUGAUAUUACUUAAAAAUUUCAGCAGAAUUUCUUCAGGAAAGCAUCCUGGGAAAUUGUACCCUGCCAAAUUUCUAAUGAAAUUAAAUGAUAAUUUUGGUAAUGCCUUGCAUUGUAUUUUUUUUAGAUCAGUGAUCCAUGUUGGUUUACAAAUAAUUAUUCAUUGAGCAUUGGUUUACAAUAAAGAUAUUGUGUAUAAUGUACCAAACAUUCAAUCUGUUGUUGCCACAAUAAAUUCAUCUAUAACAUAAAAUCUGGCAUUACAUUCCUCUU